GUGUGUGUGAUGAGUCCUCACUGAGGCUGAGGAGCAGAGCAGAGCGCUGAGAGAAGAGGAGGAGAACCUGUUCACCAACUUCACUCCAACUUUCACUCCGCACCUCCACCAGCUACACACACACACACACACACACUCUGUCAGAGAGAGGAGGCUUUUGUUUUGUCCUGUUUCCUCCUCGCUUCACGCCGGCCAUGUCUGGAUCGUACUGUAAAAGUUUGUACCCGUUCACCGGGGAGCAGCACCAGCAGGGACUGAGCUUCGAGGCCGGGGACGUUAUCAAGGUGGUGCAGGCUGUGCCCGGAGGAUGGUGGGAGGGAGAGAAGGAUGGAACCAGAGGCUGGUUCCCUGCCAGUUAUGUCCAAGUGCUGGAGAGGACGGCAUCUAUGAGUCAGCUUCCUGUGGAGGACCUCAAGGACCCGCUGCCUCCUCACUGGAAAUGCUACAUGUCUCCACAAGGGAAGCGAUACUACGUCAACACCACAAAUAACGAGACGACAUGGGAGAGACCGUCCAGUGUCCCUGGUACCCCCAAAGCCUCAAUCCGACACAAGAACUCCCUGCCAGCAGUCAAUGGAUUUCACUCAGGUGGUAGUCCCUUGCAUCAUUUGGAGCAUCCGCACAACAGUCUGGUGAGGAAGAGCAGCACAGAGCCACAGAGCCCAGGAUCAACGUCACCCACCAGGAAACAGAGCAAGGAGACCACGUUCACGAUUAACUGUGUGACGUUCCCAUUGCCUGCAUUCAUGCCCGAACAACAGCUGCUGAAGCCAAACGAGUGGAGCUACUGUGACCACUUCUGGACUGAUAAGAAGGAUCCCCAAGGCAACAGCUGCAUCACAGGAUUCGAGGUUCUGCUGCAGAAACAGCUGAAGGGGAAGCAGAUGCAGAAGGAGAUGGCCGAGUUCAUACGAGAAAGGAUAAAGAUAGAAGAGGAGUACGCCAAGAAUCUCUCCAAGCUCUCCCAGAUCCCUCUCGCAGGCCAGGAGGAAGGGACUCUGGGGGAGGCCUGGGCCCAGCUGAAGAAGAGCCUCACCGACGAAGCUGAAGUUCACCUAAAGUUCUCCUCGAAGCUCCAGAGUGAAGUGGAGAAGCCUCUGCUGAGCUUCAGGGAGAACUUCAAGAAGGACAUGAAGAGGUUCGACCACCACAUCGCAGACCUACGGAAGCAGCUGGUCGGUCGCUACGCGGCAGUGGAGAAGGCCCGCAAAGCUCUGGCUGACAGGCAGAAGGAGCUGGAGUUGAAGACUCAGCAGCUGGAGAUCAAACUCAGCAACAAGAUCGAAGAGGAUAUCAAGAAGGCCCGCAGGAAAUCCACACAAGCAGGAGACGAUCUGAUGCGCUGUGUCGACCUUUACAACCAGUCGCAGUCCAAAUGGUUUGAGGAGAUGGUCACUACGAGCCUGGAGCUGGAGCGGCUGGAGGUGGAGCGGAUGGAGAUGAUCCGACAGCACCUGUGUCAGUACACCACGCUCCGACACGAGACGGACAUGUUCAACCAAAGUACGAUGGAGCCGGUGGACCAGCUCCUGCAGUGCGUGAACCCAGCCAGGGACAGAGAGCUGUGGGUGCGGGAGAAUAAGACUGGAGAAAUCAGGCCAGUGGACAUAGAGAUCUGAUCUCAGUGCAGUCCGAUGACUCUGCAUAUGCACACUUUUACCCAAGAGCCCAGGCAGACACACUGACCCAGAGCCUACAGGCCUGAGGACUGACUGGGAGAGGAAAUCUGUGCUGGGAUCAGUCUCCCCCUCCACUGAUGGUGUGACUCCUAACGGACUGAGGGAUGAGCUGCCCUCACAGCGACCUGCUGAGGAUGAUGUCAGUGUUUAGGCGAUGUAGUGAGAACUCUAAGGGAUGAAUGAAGCUGUCUAAUGGGUCGUAAUUUUCUCUUAUGUAAGCUGAUGCCUCUCUAAAACACAGGAAACACAGGAAAAUGGGAGCUGGGAGAGUGGAUUCUUUACUGAAGGACGCUGUGCUGGGUUGAAUGAUGAAGCAGCAGCAGCAACAGUGAACAUUUAACAUGUGCAAACAGCUUUAUGUCACGCAGCAGUGUAAUGCUGUCAUGUGUAUUUGCUUUUGUUCUGUGAGGUCAUCCUCUGGGUCACGUGUGACUUCAGGACUGCGAAGUUGUUGGUAAACAUGAUUUACGAAAUGCUGCUAAGCCUAGUGUUAUAUAUCCGUGUGCACCAGAAUGAGGCAAAAGUAUUUUUAUCUUAACAUCGAUCAUAUGCAAGUGCUGACCAUUCGCUAAACCCCCAACUCUUACCUACUGUUGCUACGCCUGUCAAGCCGGUCACAUAUGCAGUUUACUAAAAGAUGAUGGUGUCAGAUCUACCAAUCGAACAUUAGAAGUCAUUUUUGAAAUAAGAUUUUGAUUUUAUUGGCUAUAAUUGGCUUGAUUAAGCUAAUUAUUGCCAAUAAAGUCAGGGUUCCUCAACAGACAUAUACAAAUAAGGAAACAGCAUCGUUUGUGUCGUGGUAGCCCGAGUUUUAUACAGCAUUUGAGUUAUUUAAUUAAAUGUAAUUUAAAUUCUAUCAAUUCUAAUUCCCCUGAUGUUGUUUUGAACAUAUAGAAAAAAUAUUACUUGUGAACUUGAUGGUGAAUGGGAAUGUAUCUCCAGAGGAUUGGAGCUGAUCGGUCGAGGGUCAAGAAACAUGGUAACAUACCUCCACAAAUAAUCAGGCUAGAGAUACAAUGGAAAGAUUAUAUUCUUGAGUUGUGACGACAUAAAGAAGUCAGAAAAAGACAUAGUUCAAAAAUCACAUGUGUUUCAUUUUUAAGUGUGCUUUACUUAGAGCGCACGAGAGCUAGGAUGUGAGAAUGAGAAACAACCAAUGACUUCAGCAAACGCAACACAUAUUUACCCAAAUCAAAAUCAAAACCAGGGCAGAGCUGCUAACUCUAAAGCUGCUUUCAGACGUGCACUGAACCCCUCACAUUCUCUAGAUUAUCAUCUAGUUUCUCCGGCCAGCCCCUGAGUAAAAACUCUGGAUAACGUCAGAGUGAGCCUACAUGGGAAAACAGCAGGAGAUACAUUGGCGUCUUGACUCCCCCCAGUGGACGUUUAAGGCAUAUACAGUAUUUUUCCAACAUGCGCUGUAAUCCUAACAUUGGGUUUAUGGCAGGGCUCCUACCACUGGGCACAAUGCUUAGUUACUGCUGUGGGCCAUAGGCAGGCUAAAUCCAACCAGAGAAGUCUUUUGUUCAGGCUCAUCCAUUUUCUUUUUGGUUAUAUAUUUUGGAACAUUUAUUAAACACCACUUUUUGAGCUAUUAAGACACCAACUUUUACUCACAGAUCAGAGCCCAUUCACAGUUAAUGCAUGUUGCAAAGUUCACAGCUUGACAGGCCCGCUGCACCAGGGACCAGUGAACAGUCGAUUUCUUUAAGCUAACGUCACAAAUGUGGCUACACUUCUUAGCAUCUCCGAGAGAAAAACCAGAAAGAUUCCAUUUACUUCUGUUUCUUUGACUUCAUUCCUAAUAAUUAUUAAGAAUCAGCCAAUUGCACUUUAUACCCAAGUGAUUUUGAAUAAAUAUACUGUAAGUUGCUGUUGGUAUGAAACGUAUUCUACAGAGAACUUAAUUGUGACACAUUUUUAUUACUAAUGGAAGUGUUUGGGUUAUGUUCAGGGUGGCCUGGUGUAAAUAUAUGAGAUGUGUGAUUUGCUAAGGAGGCAGGUGGAGUGAAAGGUGAAAAAUACAAUUAAACAAUAGAAGCCUACACAAAGACAUACGAUAUACAGACAUUGGGUACUGUUAAUAUAUGAAAUAUACAAAGUGUUUUAUAGACAAGAGAAAUGACAGCUCUCCCGUGAUGUUCUACAGCUUUGGAAACGUGAGUCGGUUGCUCCGGUUGGAUUCAGCGUGCUGCCGCCUGCAGAAGCUAAAUGUUGUACAAAGUGCUCUUUUACUACCAUGUCUUAGUCUUAUCCAGGAUUACUGCUUAGUAUUACUUGACCACCGAGAGAGCAGGAUUGGGAUGUUUUUGUACAUUAACGGCUAAAAGUUGGCAGUUUUCAUUAAUAAAAUGAAAAUAUCAAAUAUCA